UCUGUCGUUAAGCUCGGCGUUCGAAAGGUCGGAAAAAAUACCAAGUCCGGCAACAACACGAUGCUGCCCAUUGUACGGUACGCGGCGGCGUACUGCGUUGUUGCCGUUUUAUGUCGCGCGGCUGUAGUGGCAGGUGAGGAAGAUGCGGUAUACGAGGACCGGUCUGAAAGUAGCGAUGCGUACGAGGUUACCGAUGAGUCGGAGAGGCGGUUUUCUCGGAAAUUCGUGGUGAACGAUUACGAUCUGAGCGUGCUGAGUAAACAAGUGAAGGCGCUGGUGGAGAGGAGGACGGAGGAUUUGAGGAGUAUCGAGGAGAACGUGAGGAAGACGGUGUUUAAUGGGCCGGAGGUGGAGGAGUUGAGGGACCAAGUUCGAAGUUUGAGAUUAGAAAUCGAACAACUUCGUUCCGGAGUACCACCCACACCCCCUCCCCAAACCAAAAACGACAAACUCACCCUCAAAUGGCUGUCCAACGCCCUCUACGAGGUGAAGUCGGAAAUAUCCGAGCUCCAAACCACCCUCAACGGCUCGGUACUGCUCAGCGACAGGGAGCGGCACGAGAGCAAGAUGAAGCUGUUCAAGAGCGACAUCUCGAAUUUGAACGAGGAACUGGAGAGGAUGCGCGUGAGGAACGCGCAGCAGGAAGCCGAUCUCAGUAUCCUGAAGAUGGAAGUGGAAACGUUGAAGGGAGACUUGCGGAGUGCGGCUGCUGAUAAUGGACAAUUGAAGAACGAGAUGCAAAGCCUUCAGGCGGAAUGGAACAACAACUGGAAAGCCAUCCAAGACAUAGAACUUCAAUUACCUGUUUCCAACGAUACACAUUCCCGUCAUCAGAGAAUUCUACGUAAACACUUACUCCGUUUGGAAAGAGUCACGAGACUUCUACACAAAGAAAACAUCUCACUGAAGAACAGACUGAUCAAGGUUGAGAAAGGAAUGAGCCUAAAAGAAAACACUGACAGUUUUGACAGAAUCAACGGAAACGAUAUCCAAAACUACAUAGAAACCAAUCAGAUUCAACCUCUGUAUGACGAUAGGAAAGAGAUUCUUUGCAAACGAUUUACCAACUUAAGCGAACAACAGAUCAUCAAUACCAAGUCAAUAGCAAAUUUAACUAAACAAAUGAUCAACUUCGACAAGCUACACAUGUCAAUGCUGGAGCUGUUGGAGAACGUGGAAACUUUGGAGAACAAAGUGGACAAGGCUUUCCCAGAAUUCCGUAUCGAGAUUUCGAAGGUUGAAAAUCAGGCGAUCCAAGUCUCUUCUGACAUAUCUUUGUUGAAAGAAGAUAGGAACAACAUUAGAGAUUCUAUGAAAGCUAUUAGUUUUUCUGUGUCGAAAUUGCAAGAAGGCGAGGCUGAGAAAAACGAAAGAAUUGGAAAGAUGGAAGAACAUUUGAAAGUUAUGGAAAAGAGCGCAGUGGUGCAGAAUUCCAGACUGCAUGACCAUAUUCUAAAGGAUGAAUCGUCCUCAAUCAACCUCAACGCCACCAAAUCCACCAUCCACCUCGUCGAGGAACUCAAGAGCUUCGAGAGCGAGUACAAGAGCAUCGUGAACAAGCUCCCCAGGCACUGCGGCUCGGUUGACGGUCCCAAAGGCAUCUACCUCAUCUCCCCAGGCGACGGUGAACCCAUCCUGGCCCACUGCGAGGACGGCUGGACCACCAUCCAGAAACGCUACGAUGGCAGCGUCAAUUUCAACAGAAACUGGAACGAAUACAGUAACGGUUUUGGUAGCUCAACCGGUGAACACUGGCUGGGAAACAGAAACCUACAUCAGCUCACCAAAGACAACUGUACAUCGCUGCAGAUCAACAUGAAGGACAUCUAUGGAAAAUACUGGCAAGCCUCGUACGACCAUUUCACCGUCGCGGACUUCAGAGAAGGUUUCAGGUUGGUCGUUUCCCAUUACCAUGGUAACGCUAGCGAUGCCAUGGACUACCAGAACAAGAUGGAGUUUUCCACUGUAGAUAAUGAUAGAGAUAUCUCCAACACGCAUUGUGCCAGUAAUUACGAAGGUGGCUGGUGGUUUUCGCAUUGCCAACAUGCUAAUUUGAACGGAAGGUAUAAUUUAGGAUUAACGUGGUUCGACAGUUCAAGGAACGAAUGGAUUGCUGUGGCACAAAGCGAGAUGAAAGUUAAAAGGAGAAACGUUUGUUAAGAUUUGUUUUGAGUGGGAAAAUGAAUAACAGUUAUGAGGAGUUACCUAAAAGUUCAUUCGAAGAAUGGCAGUUAUAUUAAGAAGAAUGGAUGGUUAUUGAAAAACUUCAUAUAGAUCAAAUGAUCUAGAUUGAUGAAAAUUUUCAAAUAAGUGUAAGAUUAUCGUUACUUGGAAAUUGAAUAUCAUUUUGAGUUCAUUGUUACUCUAAUAGGUAUUUUAUAUUAUAUCUCUGAUGUUUUGUUUCUAUACGAUUUUAGUCAUAGAUAAGAAUGACUUGUUUCAAUUCGAGAAGGAACUCUAGAUAGAUCAAGCGAUGGCUUACAAAGCACUACAGGGUGACCCAGUGUUUUUUGCUUAUGACUGACCCAUUUUUUAUAAAAAACUGCUGGUAAUAGUAUCACACAUUUAAAAAACAUACAGGGUGAUUCAAACAUAUUUUUCACUGAAAUUGCAUGUUUUAAAUAACAUUUUAAAAACAGAAAAUUAGCAGACUAGCGUCGAUUUUUGAUAUACUAAAUGAAAUUUACGUUCUUUAUUCGUAUAAUACAGGAUGUUCCAUUUAAAUUAGUGGAUUAAAAUAUAUCCAGUAUUGACUCACCCUGUAUAAAUCAUAGAACCUAGUAUAUUUUUACACAGUUUAAUACCGGGUGCGUCUCAAAAGUGGCUCACCCAUAUAACUUUUUUAUUUUUUCAGAUAUAACGAGAUUUGGU